CACCACCUAAUGCUAGCCCUACCAUAUACAUGUAGGUGGCACCCACUUGCUGGGAGAGCGCGGGCGAGGCAUUUGGUCGAUGUCUCCGUCCGACGUAACAAGCCCACAAGUUGCAGCACAAGUCGCAGAGGCAUCAAGGUGGCCGGAGCUGCGGCCCAAGGACGUCGGACGGCAGCAGCAUCAGACACUACAAGCACCAUCGCGGCACUGCUGUCUCCCCAGAUCUUACAGUCACGACGGUUUAUCUCUACCGCUCCCGGUCCCAGUCUCGCCACGGACGUCAGCUGGCACGUCGCGCACUACAGGAACGGUGGCAAUGCGCGGCAGUUGCCGAGGAGAAGGCACAUGUCUCUGUGGGGCGGUUGGGGGCAAGGGACGUCGGGGGGGCCCAACAGCAGCCCGGAGGAAGAACUGGCGCGUCGUUGGCGGCAAGAGAAGGAGGAAGAGGUGCUGGCGAUCCUCUCGGGUGUUGUUGAGCCAUGCACGGGCAAGGAUGUGGUGGAGCUCGGCUUCGUGCAGGAUGUGCGCAUCGACGAAGUUGUUCAUGGUGAGCAACCACAAGACAACACCGGCGAGGACAGCGCGGAAGCGCCGUUGGCGAUAAGCUUCACGCUCCGAGUGCCGACGCUCGCCUUGCCCGGGCGCGACACUCUCGCCUCGGAGUGCGAGGCCGCCUUGCUCGCCCUUCCCUGGGUAGCCUCUGCCAACGCGCUGACCAAGGUCCGUAGACCGAGGUGGAGACGGACGGUCCAGCGACGUAGCACACCGGGUUCCAUACUCAAUCGUAGUGUCGGGACAGAGACAACACCUGGCGGUGGAGGAGGAGGCGGAGGGGGAGGAGCGCCGUCCCCGGGGCUCGAGUCGGUGCAGGACGUGGUGUGCGUGAGCAGCUGCAAGGGAGGGGUGGGCAAGAGCACGGUGGCGGUGAACCUGGCGUACUCGCUGGCGUCGAGGGGGGCCAAGGUCGGCCUGCUCGACGCCGACGUGUACGGCCCGAGUCUGCCCACCCUUGUCAAUCCCGACGAUGUCGCUCUUCGAGUGAGCCCCGCCUUUCCGGACCUCAAUCUUCUCUCGCCGAUUAUCCAUCGUGGGGUGGCGUGCAUGAGCUUUGGGUGGGUCAACGCCAAGGCGGGAGUUCCCGGCGCCGGUGGACACGGGGCUGCGGUAAUGAGGGGACCCAUGGUGUCGAAGGUAAUAAAUCAGCUUUUGCUCGGGACCGACUGGGGAGAGCUGGAGUACCUCAUCAUCGACAUGCCUCCAGGAACUGGUGAUAUCCAGAUCACGCUGGGACAGGCGUUGCAGAUGAGCGGGGCGGUGGUAGUGACCACCCCUCAAAAGCUGAGCUACGUGGACGUUGUAAAGGGCAUCGACAUGUUCGCAGAAAUAAAGGUACCGGUCCUUUCGGUGGUGGAGAACAUGGCAUACUUCGACUGCAGUAACGGCGAGCGCCACCGCCCCUUCGGCCCCGGCCAUGCCCGAGAGCUGGUGGAGGAGUGCGGCCUCGCCUCCGGCUGCGUGUUCAGCCUUCCCCUCAGCCCGGCGGUGGCACGGGGCAGCGACUGCGGCGACCCGGUGUCCCUGUCUAGCCCUGACGGCGAGGAAGCCAAGGUGUACUUGUCUCUGGCUGAUGGGGUCGUACGAGAGACGUUCCGCGCCGGGAAAACUGCCGCUGAUGUCCCCGAGGUAUCCUUCAAGAGCGGGCGAGGGAUUGUCCUGCGCUACAUUUCAGAGGCAGAGGCGGCGGAGUUCGUGAUCCCUCCUUUCGAACUGCGAACCCGAGAUCCGGCAACCGGAGAGCCUCUUGCCAGCGAGCAAGCCGCUGCUGUGUCGGACGAUGUGGAGCCGGUUAACAUUAGCGUCAGGGGCAACUACGCCGUUUCCAUCUCUUGGAGCGAUGGACACCGGGGUGCGAUAUAUAGCUACCAAGUGCUCCGAAAGAUCGUGGAGCAGAGGAAUCGGUAG